UUGAGGUGUGAUAUAUCCACUAUAUCUGRUUUGAGUUCGGGUUCUAAACACAAAGUACUUUCAAAACUUCUUUUAAAGCCCGCUUUUUAUGAAACUCUCUUAGUUGACUCAACUGUCAACCAAGUACGGUGGUCGUCGAUGGACGAAAAGCGAAUAUUUUAGUUCAUGUUUUUAUAAACAAACGAUCAAACUUGUGAAAGCAGUUUGAAGGAUUUUGAAGACUUCAUGGCAACCUGUUUUAGGUCGAAGGAACAAGGUGUUUUAGCAGAUUCGGGUUCCUCUUCUAAGACAGUUAGAGACUGUAACAGUAACAAAGUUGGUCUCUCCCUUCCUUCACUUAACCCUCAGUCAAGUCUAGUAACAAGUGUCCGUUCCAGGAAACCUCUUUCUUGUAGCCAAGCAGAAGCACUGGACAAUAUUCUUACUGAUGGGCCAUUUCCUCUCAAGGCACAAAGCAAGUAUAAUGAGUCAGGGUACUUUUCCAGAGAAAGCAAGCUUUCCCUUUAUAGUACUAGUGCAACAACAGAGAAUUUSAGUAGUGGUGAUGAGAUAGAUGCCUUCAACAAGGAGAGCUUGGAAGCAUUGCUUGUGGAAAUAGCAGAAGAAUUUGGCUGCUGCUGGAAGGAGGUUGGUCGGCAUUUGCUUAAAAAAGAAUGCUCCAUUGAAAAUAUCAAUGAAGACUACAGCAAAGUUUGUGAGAAAUCGUAUCAAAUGCUGAUGAAAUGGAAGAUUGAAAAUGGUAGCAAGGCAUCAAUUACUGACAUUUUCAAAUGCUUGAAUCAUAUUGGAAAAGAGAAUGUGGCAGAGAAACUGCUGGGAUAUCUACCAAACGGCGUGGCAAGGGAGUGUGAAAUGAUUCUUCUCUUGUCGCCCAAGAAAAUCCGCUGUGAGUCAAUGACAACUCCUAUUCACAACAUAACAGAACAACACAAAGAUUUAACUGUGGAAAGGCAAUUGAGAUUGGAAGAUGAUGAAGAGAUAUAUCUUUGCUCAAGCAACAUUACAAGAACAAAAUAUCUUCUAAAGGAAAUAGAGGAGCAACCAAAAGUCUACAGAUGGGCAGCAAGACUGAUCAUUAAUAACAAACAGCUGACACAGAAGAAGAAAACACUUCGUAAAACAAAUGAGUUUCUCAAAGAUUUACAGUUUAAAGAGGAAACAGUUGAACGGUUGAAAAACAUCACAGARACCCUUCAGGACAAGCUGCAUGUGAAGCACAUGACAUUUUGCGAGGARCGCUUGAGAUGUCCAAACUGUGAGAAGACAGCACUCAUGAGAGAAUUGUUAGAAAAAGACUUGUCUUUACUUCAUCAUGAACUUGYGAACAUGAUAAAAGGUAGCAGAAGGCUGUCAAUAUCAGGAAUACCUACUGAUAGAAUCUAUGACCUUGCAGAAAGGGCUUACAGUGUGUGUGAAGAACACAAAAAAUUCCAUGCUGAAAUAGUAAAAAUAUCUAAACUGUCCAGGCGUUGUAGCAUGGAACUUCUAGAUGAAAUGGAUUCACAGUCAGACUCAAACAUGUUUGAAUAUCCUUUGCAAUGCACACUGAAUAUUCUGCAUCAUUUUGGACGAAAACGAAAAGUUGUGCAAUCUCUGACUCCAAAAGAACGCAAGAAGUCUGCCAAAAAAGUCCAGAGACACUUCUCUGACAAGUCAAAGUCCCGAUUUUAUGUGCCUAAAGUUGAUGUUCAGGGAAACAUGCCACGCCCUAACUGGCCAAAUAGGAUUGGUUCCAAGAUAUUCCCUCAAAGAAAACGAUCCUCUGAAAAGAAGAACCGUCUGAAGUCCAAAUCAGAGAACAGGGAAGCUGUCAAAGCAUCUCUGACAAGCACCUCUAAACCUUCUCCAGAAGAUGAUAGUUUACCAGGAAAGCUUCAUCCCCGUAGCAACACCUUUCCAUCAGCCCUUGCCACUAUGAAUUCCAGUAAACCAUUGUUUUAUGGCCCUGAGGAUCUUGAUCUUGAUGAUAUCAAUGAUGAUGGAGGAAUGUGUAGUGCUAUGAAAGAUCUAACAAUUUCCAACAAGAUGUCACAUGUUCCUGGUCAGUGCGACACAAGUGUUACCAUGUUUAAAACUAGUUCAAGUGACUCAAAUCUUCAACAAAUUAUAAGAAAAAAUGGUGUGACACAGAACCCUUUUGGCACWCCCAAUAGAUUUUACGACUCUCRUUCUCCAGGCGUGAUGGAAAUUUUAUACAAAGAGAAAUCCAUUCACCAUCGCCAGAGGAGCUUCAGUAAUGAUGACAUCAAAGGCGUCUCGAAGCAUUUUCAUGACAGGCAGUCAGGGAAUGCAACAUGUGCUCAACAAAGGUCACUAGAAUUGAAUAYUGUUAGUGAUGUGCUCUGGAAAACAGAAAUUGACCCAGAUACAGUAUUCUUUGUUUAAGGCUGUCAGAGAAGUACAAUUAAUAUUUAUUGGUUACUGAGGCAAUAGUCCACUGUUUUUUCUCUGCCAAUGGUACACUUUGAUAAAAGCAAAUUUACAGCGUUAAUAAAGCAUUAAUUAUAAAUAAAUUGUAAAUAUUUCACAUUAUCAGCAUGUUAAUCUAACUUAUGAACUCAAUGAGAACCUUGUGAAAUCAUUUUUGUCAUGAAUCAAGACAGAACCACAUGUUACAAGUCAUGUAUUUUUUUAUUUCAUUUGUUCAUAUUCCAUCAUUCAUUUGCCAUAGAUAAUAUUYAUAAAAAUAUGCUACACAAAAAGUGCACAGAUAUUCAAAAAUACAGCUAAAAGUAUUACAAACUGUACUUUUGCGAUGUUSAAAUAGAAAUUGUAGUAAGAAAAUAGAUUUUUUUAAUCUUUUUUUAAUUUUUUAAUUUGUCCAUAUACAGGACAUUAUAAUACGUUAGUGUAUGACACAUURUUGAACCAAGUAGUACAUGUUUCAGGGCAGGUACCUGGAGCCCUUCAUGAUAAAGGGACUUUAUGGUUGUUACCAUAGAUUUGGUGGGGUUGAUCUACAAUUCUACAAGUACACUUGAACAAUAACCAGUCCUCUUGUAAAUAUUUGAAAGAAUCUCGUUGCAAAUGAUUAAAAUAUUUGAAAUCA